GAUGCAAUUUCCUGCCAACAUGUCCAUACACGCCGCCCUGCUUUCUGCCCCGAAUAUAAGCCUACUCGUCUCCCUUUUACCUGCGUCUUCCUUGAGCUACCUGUAUCUCCAAAACAAGCACUUCCUCAGCUUUCUACGACACACAGGAUUAAGAAUGAAGUACAAUAACGCAGAUGAAAUCGUGAAGACUUUGGAAGAGGCCCCGGCAGCCAGGAAAGCUCUGCUGGACAACCACAGCAAUUUCUACAAGGUGGCCGACUACUGCGAAAACAAGUACUCAAGCGCAGGAGACACAGCCAAAGUCGUGGAAGAAUCUAAAGCUCUCACCGCUCAGGCCCUGGCCAGCGUCGCUUACCAAAUCAACACGCUGGCAGCAAGUGUCUUAAAACUGCUGGAUGCGCAGGCCGUCCAGCUUAAGCAUGUGGAAUCAUCAGUCAACAAUCUAAGCAUGACGGUGGACAUGUACAAGGAGAAAGUAGCGCGGCAGGAGAUCGGUGUUCUGACUGCUCCUUGCAAAAUCCCAUGUGUUCCGAAGAUUGUUCCUCCAGCAAGAUCUGGAGAACCCAAGGCUGAAUAUGAGCGUGUCCCAAUAUCCUACGCUAGUCUAGACUCAGUUGGACAUGGAGUCUGGGACAAUACCAAACCCGCACCAAGGAAACAGCCUGAAGCUCAGACACCUAUCCAACAACCAAUCUCACAAGAAGGAGGCCAUCAUUUCGGACCUGGCCUUGGUAUUGCCGUUCCACCACCUUCAGUUCCCAAAUGGGUUGGUAUGAAAACCACAACUCCUUCAGCCACACCAGUCUCCGCUAUGUCACAGCCCCUGAGUUUCUGUGAAGAUACUCCACCACCGCCACCUCUUCCAGCUUCUAGUGAUACUGUUCCCCCUCCACCACCACUUUUCCCACAAAAUACUCCAAUAACUGAACCUACACCAUCUUCAGCUUUUACAGACUUAGGUUUACCACCACCACCACCUCCACCUCCCGAAACCGAGUUCAUGAUUCCUCCACCUCCACCUCCUGUAAAUUCAAUGCCAUAUCCUUCUUUGGGAGGUUAUUUGCCACCUCCACCACCCACGCCUCCACACUAUGUCUCCAUGGCUUCACCACCUUCUCCAUUUCCUUCUCCUACUACAGGAAAGGGUUAUUUGCCACCUCCUCCACCUCGCUUUACCCCUGGUGAGGGGAGUGCUUCUCCACCUCCUCCGCCUCCUUUUCCUGGACAGGGUAAUGCUCCACCACCUCCUCCACCACCUCCUUUUCCUGGACAGAGUAACGCUCCACCACCACCACCUCCACCACAACCUCCUUUUCCUGGACAGAGUAAUGCUCCACCACCACCUCCUCCUCCACCACCUUCUUUUCCUGGACAGAGUAAUGCUCCACCACCACCACCUCCUCCACCACCUCCUUUUCCUGGACAGAGUAAUGCUCCACCACCACCUCCUCCCCCACCACCUCCUUUUCCUGGACAGAGUAAUGCUCUACCACCUCCUCCUCCACCACCACCACCAUUUUAAACAGUAGAACAUACGCCUUCACCACUUAUAUCAAAGCUUCUACCAUAUUCUCCAGACAAUAUCUGUAUACAAACCACUUAAGAGUUGCUAAAUAUUAAUAUAACAUUAUAUUGUUAUGUGUCACGUUAAAAUACCAGGCUUAAUUGUACAUUAACUUGCAAUAGCUGCUAAAAUAACAGGGUUGUGGUCAAAGGAACAAACUAUAGCAUCUGCUGAAGAAGCACUGCAACAUUAGAAAUGCUGAUUGAUUAAAAACUAUACUGUAAAGACAAAAGUACUGUAUAUGAACACAUGACCAUUGCAGACAUAUGUGCUUUUUGAUCAUUCUACUUCACAUUUAGCCCCCCUUCGGUGCUUCGGUCACAGCCUGUACCUUUUUCCUUCCUCGGGAAAGGCUUUUGGAGCAUGGCUGUGAAGUCUACUCAGUAACAAGCGUUACUAAUAUUGAAAGUGUUGGCACUGUAGCUCAACCUAAAGGAGUCCAUGAUGUUGAGGUCAGGGUGUAGGUUCUUCCAAUCCAACCUUGGCAUACCAUGUCAUACUGGAGCUCACACUGGACACAGGGGCACCAUCAUGCUGCAAUAGCUUUGGGCCUCUUGGUUCUCCUGAAUGGGCAUCGUAAUGAGAGAUUCUAUACAACUGUGUGCUUUGGAAUUUGAGGCUACAGUUUUGGAAGAACCAAAUAUGGAUGUGAUGCUUAGAUAUUCAUAUACUUUUGUAAGUAGAGUUUAUUAACAUACUAUAUAAGAAAUAAGUAACAACCUCAGUAAUAGCUGCAGUUAUUGUUGCACUGAUUCUUUUAGAUUUCUUAAAAAUUAAGCCAUAAGAAAAUGUUAAACCACUAACCAGUCAAUUCUCAGCCAAAAUAAGUUAGCUUUUGUAAAUUCUUACAAUAAAGAUAUUUGUAGGAACAUGAUUGUUAAAAUAUAUUCCACUUCUCGUGGUAAAAAUAUCUGGGAUUUUUUUGUUGAGCUUUACUAAUAUUGACAUUUCUGAAGUGUUGUAUUAUAUAACAGAGAUUUAUAUUUUAAAUGGUUGACUAAU